CUCUACUUGAUGCACCGGAAGCACACCAUCGCGUCUUUUAUCGCAAACGCAGUGUUCUUAUCCCCACUAAGGUGUGUAAGUGUUAGUGAGCAUCAUGCAGUGUGUGUGGGAUGAACAAGAGGCUUAUGACGAGCUUCUGUACUGGGACUCACUGAUUCAGGAGGGACACACACUUCACCCACGUGACUACAACAGGUAUGAGGAACUGCGCUAUUGGUAUGAGUGUGUGUGUUAUGAAGAUAAACUGCGGCAGUACCACGCCUGUGUGGCUGAGAUGAAGCAGAGAGAAGCUGAAGUUCCUCCUGAUCCUGAGAAGCUGCUCCCUCAGCGCCUGUUCGUCAUUGAGGAUCGUCACGUUAAGGCCAAACACGCCAGUGUGUAUCCGUGUGCGGAGGAGCUGCAGGCCGUGCAGGACAUGGUAUCCCACGUGGAGAACGGACUGAAGACCGUCGCUAACUGGCUGAAUAGACAAGAUGCUACGAGUGGGGGCAAUAAGCUCCAGGGGGUACGGAGAGUGGGGUUGGUGGCAAAGGGUUUGUUGCUGAAGCAGGACAUGGACCUGGAGCUUGUGAUGCUCUGCAGUGACACACCAACACAAAAACUACUGAACACCAUCACCAACAAACUUCAGGAAGUGAUGAAGGACCAGAUGGAGGGCGAGUAUGUGAUCACUGCGGCAGUUGAGGACGCUGCUGUAACAGUGCGGACUGUAACAGAACCGGUGCUGAACAUGAAGAUCCAUCUCACAUCCCCUGUAGUGAGGGAGCAGAUGGAGCACGGGCGGGCCAGAGAAGCUCCGCCCGGCGCACUGGACACAAACAAUUGCCUGGAGUCUCUCGCGUCUCUGCGCCACGCCAAGUGGUUCCAGGCUAAAGUUAACAACCUACACUCAAGUGUGAUCGUCAUCCGCAUCUUGAGAGAUCUGUGUACCCGUGUCCCUACCUGGACCCCCCUCAAAGGAUGGGUGUUGGAGCUGCUGUGCGAGAGAGCGAUAUCAACGUGCGAUCGACCGAUGGGACCAGGAGAGGCUCUGAGGAGAGUGCUGGAGUGUGUUGCAUCUGGAAUACUACUGGAGGAUGGUCCUGGUAUUUCUGACCCAUGUGAGAGGGCAGGUGUGGAUGCAAGCUGCCAUCUUACCUCCCAGCAGAGGGAGGACAUUACCCAGAGUGCACAGUUUGCUUUGCGGCUGAUGGCUUUUGGACAAAUCCACAAAGUGUUGGGGAUGAACCGCCUGUCACCCAAAGUGGGGCACAUGUACAGCGACUCACUCAUCUCCCAAACCUCAGUGCCAGGACUGUGUGUGAUGAAGCGGCCGCUGGAGUCGGCCUCAGAUGAAGAGUCGAGCAGCAGUAAAAUCCCUCGCAAAGAGAUCGUCAUUGAGCCUAGUAAUGCUGUGAUGAUGCUGAAUCAGCUGCAUCCAGGUUUGCUGUAUCGGCUCGUGUCCCAAACAGGUCCCGAACACAGUCCACAUUUCACUAUGGCCAUUGAAGUGAAGGGCAAAACGUAUGAGGCGACAGGACCCUCGAAACGCAAUGCCAAGCUGCUCGUCGCUCAAAAAGCCUUACAGGCUCUGGGCGUAGUGGUCACAGCUACAGAGACUACACCUACACCUACAACCGAUCAAAAGAAAGAUGAGGAGACCGUUGCCACAGGAACCAACAAAACUGCAGCUGCUGGAGGGGAUGGAGCUGAGGCUACACUACAGGGGGGUCCUGUUCUCACUAAACACGGGAAAAACCCUGUCAUGGAGUUGAAUGAAAAGAGGCGGAGUCUGAAGUAUGAGGUCGUCUCUGUGAGAGGACGAUUUAACGACAAGAUCUUCACCAUUGAGGUGGAGGUGGAUGGACAGAAGUUUCAAGGUUCAGGUUCCAAUAAGAAGUUAGCGAAGGCGAAUGCUGCUCUGGCUGCGCUAGAGAAACUUUUCCCCAAUGACAACCCUGAGAGUCAGAAGAAGAAGAAAUUCCCUCCAAUGGGUUAUGGUGGAAUGGGAGGAGUCUCAUAUAGUGCUGGGCGUGGCAGAGGAAGAGGGCGGGGCCGAGGAUUUAACAAUAAGGGCUCCACUUUUAAAGCAGUGAGCAGUUCCUCUGGGUUCACAGUCAGUGGUGAAUUGAACACUGCAGGUUCUCAGGAGGAACAGAGCAUCGCAGACACAAACACACCGGUGUAUCAGGCCGUCCCUCCACCCUCCAGCGGCUACUACAGUCAGCACAGCCAUGAGUACGGCCAGUACAGGAAGAACGCACAGACCCCGAACCAGACCCCGAACCUGAACCAAAACUUGAACCAAAACUCUGGACAGAGCCAGGAGUCUCUAGUGGGACCUGAUUAUGGAUAUGGCUACCAGAACACCCAGAACUACAACUAUGGGGCAUAUUCUAAUCAGUCCACAUUUGGGACGGGUGGAACCGGAGCAGAGAAUUAUGGGUAUCAGCAGAGCGCCUACCCGAACCUCGGCGGCUACAGCAGCAGUAACACAAACUACAGCUACAAAUAAACACCCUGCCAGGGGGCGGAGCUUCUGUUCACAAGCUGUUAGUGGAGCUUCGUCCUGUCAUUACUGUACAAGAGGGUGGAGCUUCUUCUCUUCAUCAUCUUUCAGCCUUGUCUCCCAGGAGCUUCAUCUCCUUCCACAUGUCUCUAGAAGGUGGAGUUUCCUCUGCGCCCAUUCACUCCAUAGUGCUGGAGGCGGAGCUUCUUCCAGCUUGAAUAAUAAAGACUGAUUCAUUUGUAGUUUCAUAGUGGAGACUCGCUGCUCUGUCGAGUAAAUAGUUUUUGUGCACGCUGCUGUUUGGCUUUAGGUUUUCUCCACUGUUGCUUCUUUUUGUGAUUUUGUUCAACGUCCUCGUUAGUGCAUCUUCAUUACUGCGUCUUCAUUACUGUGUCCUGUUAACCUCAGAGGUGAUGCGAGUGAUUCAUGCUGACCGUGUGAGAGGAGAGGAAGUGCUCCAUUCUGUUUUUCCUCUGAUGAAUAUUUCUUAUUCUGUCCUUCCUAAGUGAGCGUGAAGUCGAGAAUCCGCCACACUUACUAAUAUAAUUAUGUCUUUAAUUCUGAUUGUAAAAGUUUUAGUUUUGUUUCUCUUCCUGCUUGUUUCAGUAAUUGUGAUUUUCAGCUGAGCUUGUCACUGACUGUAAGAAUAAAAUGUUUUCUAUUUUUAAACCUAAAAUAUUUUGUCAUUUUAACAU